AUGGAGCCAACCACAGCAGUUGCAGGCGGCGUUGUACAAGCAAGCGAGCCGGCGAUACACCAGACAGACAAUAUCGGAUCGACUGUCUCCAAUACAGAGGCUAGGACUGCAGAGUCCCAAAGUGUGACCACAGACACCAUGGUUUUCCUACAGAGUGCAGGACAGGGUGUAGAUACAGAAGUCACGGCAACAGAGAAAGCACAGGAGACUGGCAAAGAUGUGGAAAUUCUCAAAACAGCGGAGGACAGUGUGGCCACCAAUUUCGAAACUGAUGUGAUCUCUGUUGAGGUGAACAAGAUUGUGCCGACAGUAGACAGCAAAGCAUCACAACCGGAAGCAGAGGAGCCAAUCCCUGCAGAGAAAACGGCCGAAGAUCAACAGGCUGAGCAGGCGGCUGACCCGCAUGUCAUCGAUGCCUUGGAGGCCGCACUCGAGGGAAUGAUGGAGGUUGACGCCGCAGCUGGAGCGCAAACAGAAGAACUGCAAGAAAAUGAAGAAGGAAACGGCGGAGAGGGCGUUGAAUGGGAGGCUGAUUCUUCACCGUAUGAGUCAUCUUCCGACUCGAGCAGUUCUGAUGACAGCGACUCGGAGGAGGAGGGGGAUGCGGCCGGGCUGCCUGGGAUCAGUGAUGCCGUCCGCAUGCUGAUGCAUGCUGCCAUGGAGGAGGACGAGGAUGACGAGGACGAGGACGGCAAGCGUGGCGGUGGUGGUGGUGGCGGUAUGCAUCUGCGAAGCAAGAACGAACAGAUCGAGACGGCACCGCCCAAGCCGAACGUGGAGAUUGGUGCCGACGAAGCGAUUGUGCUACUGGGGCCGAUCAUGCACGUGGUCGAGAACUCGGCGGUGAUCAAGGGCAACACAGACGGGGCGUACCGCGUGCUGGAUGCGGGCUCAGUGAUCUGCAAGGCCGACCGGACCGUUGUCGGCGUGGUGGCAGACGUUAUCGGCAAUGUCCGGGGUCCUUUGUACGUGCUGCGCUUUGCACCGGCUGCUGCCAGCGAGCCUGCGGCCACAACGACAGACACGACAGGCAAGGAUGCCGAAAUGAACGCGGGCGCCGAAGCCGUACCAGAAGCAGCGGCAGCGGAUGCACCGAUGCAAACGGGUGCGGGCGAAGACCACCUGUUGCCGGGAGAGGACAUGUACUACCCACCGAAGCAUGCCGUGUUCGUGUUCACCGAGGAGCUGCGCGGUCUGAAGGGCUCGGACGCCAGCAACCUCCACGACGAGGAGGUGGGCGCGGACGACAUGGAGUUCUCGGACGACGAGAAGGAGGCGGCAUACAAGCGGGAUCUCAAGGCGAAGAGGCGUGGUGGCGCCGCGUCAGGCGGAGCUGCAGGCGGCCGAGGCGGACGGGCGAACCGAGGCGGCAAGGGCGGCAACCAUCCGCUGCGCAACGAGAUCGCCAACGGCAACGGCGGCGGGUUGCAGUACGACGACGAGGACGACGGUCCGUACAAGCCGCUGUCUCGGCCGGCCAACUUUGGCCAGGGCCAGACGCAGCCGGGUGCCGGUGGUAGUGGUGGUGGCAGUGGCGGUGGCAGUGGUUCGUUCCGGGGAUCCCAGAGAGGACAGCACGGCCAUAGAGGUGGACGAGGCAACAGGGGACACCGGGAACGCGGAGGCGGAUUCAGUCGCGGUGCUGCAGACAGCUAUGCCGGCGGUGCUGUCAAUAGCCGCAACGGAACUGCAGACGGCUAUUCUGGCGCGUCGCAAAACCGGUUUGGCUCGCCGCAAUCGGUUCGGCCGCCACAGCAGCACCAACAGCAUCAGCAAUACCAGCAGCCGAACACGCCCAUCUCUCUGCCGUACGUCACGCCAUCACAGACAUCACAGACGGCACAGCCGGCUGCUCCCUGGCCGUUUGCCGGAAUGCCCUUCCCUCCUCCUCCACCGCAACACGGAAGAGCUGCCGAGAUGGCGCAAGCACCACAACCAGAUCACCCCCAUGGGAUGCUAGCCCGCGACAUUUGGGACAGCAUUACCAGCGCCGUGGGAGAUGUCUUUGAAGGACAGAAGGGCAAGACUGUAGUCCAGACCGUCUACACCACACAGGUGCCUUCGGGCUACACCGGAGCCCUGACGACUAAGACAGCUGCGGCCGACGACAAAAAGACGACAACAACAGCUGCGAAGAAGGAGACUACCACAUCAGCCAAGGCGGUAACGACGACGACAGCGCCGACAAAGACAACGAGCGCGACCACUACCAGCGCCGCCAAAACAACGGCCACAACCAAGGCGACCACAGCCACGGGGAAGACGACCUCGACUCCGACCUCGGAAACGCUCGACAGCGCCACGAGCUCCUCGACCAAGACGACCGGAAUGACUACGUCCGAGACCGCUGCGCUGACCUUGGACACGUCACCGACAGCAGCUUCGACCACGUCGGCCUCGCUGACCGCCAGCUCCACGUCGGCAGCCGCGACGGCUUCCAGCACCUCGACGACCACCGGCGGCACCAGUGCCGGGGCCAAGGCCGGCAUCGUCAUUGGUGUGCUGGGCGGUCUGCUCGUCGUGUCUGUCAUUGUCUUCUUCCUGUUCCGCAGGCGCAAACAGCAGACUCAGCGUAGGCCGCUAGAUGACGACGAGAAGGUCAACGGACCAUUCGGUGACCAUGCUGCCAUUGGAGGUGGCGCCGGAGGUGGUGCCGUGCUCACCAGUGUUGCUGUCGGUUCGGCGUCUUCACGUCUCAGCCUGCGUCCAUCUGGCCAGUUCCUGCCCAACCUUGGCAACAGCAGCACUGCUACGGCAGGUAGACCGCAACAGCAACAGCAACAGCAACAGCAACAGCAACAGCAGCAGCAGCAGCAAAAGGACAACUACCCGAACCGCCGAGCCAGCCACGGCUCUACCAUUGCUCUCCAAAACCAGGCACCGAUGGCCAACCGUGGAGCUGGCACCAGCGCAUGGGAACGACCGUCGACGAGUGCUAGUGCCGUCAGCAACCCGUUUGGAGACAAUGCCGAGCAUCCGGCAUCGUCAAACUCGCCGGCCUUGCAGCCGUCUACCAGCCCCGGCGGAGCCGCUGAAGCUGCGGCUGCUGGUGCAGGCACUUCGCUGAUCCGCAAGGCAUCUAUCCGCAAGGAUGGGCCCAGCACCCUGGAUCUCACUCUGACCCCACCGGUCAUUGGGGCUAGUUUGGGCCCCGUCCCUGCCAGUCCCGCCGGUACCGAGUUCAGCUUCACGUCCGAGUCGACCGAUCGUCCUCAGGGCCCUUCGGUCAGCGGUGCAGCUAUUGCCGCUGCGGGCGGCCCGGCCUCUUCCACCGUGCACCGCGUUCAGCUCGAUUUCAUUCCCACGCUCGAGGACGAGAUGGAACUGCGCGCCGGUCAGCUUGUCCGUCUCCUCCACCAGUAUGACGAUGGCUGGGCACUGUGCAUCCGUCUUGACCGUUCCCGCCAGGGCGUGGUGCCUCGUACCUGUCUGUCUGCCCGUCCUGUGAAGCCUCGUCCCCCACCGGGUGGAGGCCGUGCAGGCCCUCCGAUCAACACCGGCGGCCAGCCCCGCCCGAUGGGUCCUAAGAGCCCUCUGAGUCCUAUGGGCCCUCAGAUGAUGAGCCGGCCACAGCCCCCAUAUGGUGCUCCUCAGAACCGGCCCUCCUCGGCGGCCGGUGGCCGUCCGCAGUCUCCCGCCGUGCGCAAUCAGCCGCCAUACCCAACUAGCAGCAGCCAACCUCAAAGCCCCGUCGAGUUGCCGGCCCAGCAGGUCCGGCCGUCUGGUUCAAGCCCGCUUGGCAGGACAGCCGGCUCGCGAACCGGCCCGAUCGGUCGCAAGCCUGUCCCUGGUCAAGCCUAUUAG